GCUGAGCCUCCACGCGCAGGCUCUGUCCUCGGUGCUGAAUAAUGCGCUGCCCAAAGACUGCUCAGGUGGUACUGUCAGUGGCUUCUCUCCGGUGUCUAUUGACACCUUUCCGCUACUGAUUCCCAGCUAGUACAGAUAUAACAAGAGGAAGGCCAGCCUGGAUAUAACUUAACGACAUUAACCAUCUGGCAUCCUUUUAAAUUCGAGGGAGGCUGUGAAGAUCCCAGGCAUUCGAAAGCAGCAGCUGCACGAAAACCCAAUAAUCAACAAUAUCUCUUCUGGACCCGUAAGGAUGGAUACCGAGUAUCCCGGCUUUGAAAACCCUUUCUAUAGCGAAUUCAAGUACUUCUGCAAAAAAGUGCACGAGGCCUAUAACGAAUUAAAGGAGGAUCUGACGCCCUAUAGAGAUGAUCGCUAUUACAGAUUGGCACCUAUGCGAUUAUAUACACUGUCCAAGCGGCAUUUUGUUUUGGUAUUUAUAGUUUUCUUCAUCUGCUUUGGGUUGACAGUCUUCAUUGGAAUAGCAGGUCCUAAAAUCAUUGAAGAGACAGCCGUUAGUGGAUCAAAAUUUUUAAAGGCAAAUGGGACCCUAAAGACUGGGCCAUUUGAUCUGAAGUCACCACCAUUAUCUACUUAUAACCAACAGUUGUGGCUGACGUGUGUAAUAGAGCGUCAGCAGAUAGGAGAUGAAGAUGUCAGCAAAAUAUUUAGCAUAAAUGUUGCAAUAAAGGGAGUUUUGCAGGAUGCCAGUGUAAAGCACAUCACUGGUGAUGCCCAUAACCGGACCAGAGUACUUCACUGUGGUGUUAAGUGUGAUGAAAUCAUUGUGGUUCACUUGGGAUAUCUUAAUUACACACAGUACCAGAUAAUUGUAACCUUCCAGAAUUUGCAGCAAGAUCCUUCUGAAAUUAGAGAGGUUAAUUUCAUGUGGAAGACAUAUAAUCCCUCAUUUUCUCAAGUGGAAAUCUGGUUUCGAUUUGUAUUUGUCGUUUUCACCUUCAUGGUUACGUGCUUAUUUGCACAUUCUCUUCGGAAAUUUUCUAUGAGGGACUGGGGCAUUGAACAAAAGUGGAUGUCGAUCUUGCUGCCUCUUCUACUACUUUACAAUGAUCCGUUCUUUCCUCUUUCGUUUCUGAUGACCAGUUGGUUUCCUGGCAUGUUGGAUGAUAUCUUCCAGGCCAUAUUUCUUUGUGCAAUGUUGCUGUUCUGGUUGUGUGUUUACCAUGGAAUAAGAGUUCAGGGUGAAAGAAGGUGUUUAACUUUUUAUAUGCCAAAGUUUUUCAUUGUGGGCCUUCUCUGCGUAUCGUCUGUGACACUGGGAAUCUGGCAAACAGUGAAUGAGUUGCAUGAUCCAACCUACCAAUACAAGGUAGAUGCUGAAAGUUUUCAUGGAAUGAAGAUUUUUUUCUUGGUUGUAGCAUCCAUCUAUAUUUUGUAUCUCCUGUUCCUGAUAGUAAGAGCCUGCUCUGAACUAAAGAAUAUGCCAUACAUUGACCUUAGAUUAAAAUUUCUGACAGCUUUAACCUUUGUGGUGCUGGUAAUCAGCAUCGUCAUACUCUACCUAAGGUUUGGAGCAAAAGUUUUACAAAAUAACUUCGUAGCUGAAUUGUCAACUCACUAUCAAAAUUCAGCUGAAUUUUUAUCUUUCUAUGGCUUAUUGAACUUUUAUCUCUACACAUUAGCCUUUGUGUACUCUCCAUCAAAAAAUGCCUUGUAUGAUUCCCAACUGAAAGACAAUCCAGCAUUUUCCAUGUUAAAUGACUCAGAUGAUGAAGUUAUUUAUGGAAGUGACUAUGAAGAAAUGCCCCUCCAAAAUGGCCGUGCAAUAAAAGCCAGCACCAAGUAUCCAGAUGAGACUGACAGCGAUUAACUUCCACAUGGGGUUUAAUUGUGUAUGUAACUGGCUGUGCUUUGUUUGCAGAAGGAAACCUAUGAAGUUUACUUUGUGUAUAUAAAUAUAUAAAAGAAAAGUUUUUAAAUAAUGAAUGAUGGUAUUUCAGGGUUGAAUUGUUUUAUUUUGAAUACCAACGUCAUUGGUCCCAUGUAGUUUUCUUCAAUAAUUGCAGUGCCUGGGUCAAGGAAUGUUGCUUCGCUUAAGGAAUUACAGUGAACGGACUCUUGGCAGAAAUGUUCUUUACAACACUGUGCUACUGAAAGAAAAAGAUCAAGAUUAUGAGACAUUCUUAAGAUCAAGAUUAUGAGACAUUCUUUUAAAGUUUUCCUCUUAUAUGAUAUAGUGCUGGGACUUGUGCAAAAGGGAAUUAUGUGAAUGAUUUUUUUAACUGUAAUUUAUUUUGUAAAAUAACUUGCAAACAAAAAAAUAAGCUUUGGGAGUGUAACUCAAACGCCACAUUAUAGACUGUAAUGUCUUGCAAGUUUACUUUUUUAAUUCCAUUUUGUAGGUGAUGUGAAUUUAAAAUUGUCAGCUAAACUUACAGGUUUUUUUCUUUUAAAGACAUUUUUCCAAGGAGCUUUAUAUUUUUACCUUUGAGUAAACGUAUUCAAAGUUUGACAGUGGCCUGCACAAUACAAGUUCUGAGUCUCUCGCCUCAGUAGGUUUUUUUUUUUUUAAAUUCUGUAGUUUGAUUUUGUUUGAUAAUUUUAAAAAUUAAGUCAAAACGUGUUUGUAUGUUUAUAUUGUGUUCCAAAACAAAAAAUCAAGAAGCUUUUACUACAAUUUUGUGCUUCUCUUUAAGCUACGUUAUCUUUCAGUUGUUGUACUGCAUAAAACAUGGGUCAUUUGGCUACAUUUUGCCAGAAAUAAGUUUUAUUUUGCCACAAUAAUCAGUAUUAGAUUACUUACAGUAUUCUGUAUUAGUCAAUAUUUGUUUAAAUUAUUCAUAGAGUAGCUGCAAUCAAGAUGGGCUAAUAGUCUUAAUCUUUUUACUUAGUCUCUGUGAAGACCUUCAUGACAUUUUUAGUAGAAGUAAAUAGCAGCUAAUUUGAAUUUUCUGCAGACUAAGCCCCCAUGACAUCUAUUGUGCAGUGAAUUGGUUUGGAAUACUGCAGUCGACGAAAUAUGUCUUAAGGUUGUAGACGAACGGAGACCACAGUCUGAUGGAUUCCAUGUAUAGGUUGGUAAGCCCUCAUAUUACUUUGCUAAUGCUGUCACCUCUCUAUCAGGCCCUUGUACUUACAUUAAACCAGUGCCCUAAAAAAUUUUCUGUUCCUGUCCCUGAAACAAUUGAUUUUCUGACUAAGAACUUGUAUGUUUUAUAAACAUCCAAGUCUGUAUAGAAAUGCUGUCUUAAGCUGCUGUACUUUUUAUCAGCAACCUUUAACAUUUUUGUAGAAAUUCAUACUAAUUUUAGGGUAUCUGACUGGAGUGACUGAUGAGAAGAUUGUACUUGCAAUACAGAAUUCAAUUUUGGAAUAUUGAUUUAGUUACUUGGGGUGCAUUUUAGCCACUCGGUGAGGCUAUGUAAAUAAAUGGUGUAUAAAAUAAGCAAUAGCUGCUGCUGUAGAGGAAAUGGCCACUUGCUACUUUAACACUAGUACAUAAUCUGUUGCUGAGAUGUGCAUCAUAGAGACACACUGCUUAGCACUACAGACACACUGCCCCAGUGAUCCAGGUUCAUUUCCCAGGUUGUUCACUCUCUCUGUGAAGUUUGCACGGUGCUCAGAGUAUUUUGCUUUCUACCCACAUGCCAUUUUACGUUAACUGACAACACAUAUUAUUGCAUAUCUUUUUGUGUGUGCAUGAGAGUGCCAAAUGCUGGACUGGUUUCGCCACAGGGCUUGUCCCUGCAUUGCAUUUGAUUCAGUAAGGGUAGUUCCUGCUCCAAAUUACCUUCUACAGGAAAAAAAUCAGAUUUAGAAAGUGGAUGAAUGGAAGUGCCACAAGUAGAUGUUUUAUCAAACAGUCUAAGCAGUUUUGAAAUGUUGACUUCUCUAUGUGCAGUUAGUACAAGUGACAGAGAAAAACGUUACAAUAGUAGAUGUUUCUUACAAAAUAAUUUUGGGGCUUGUUUUAAAUAUGAAAAGUCUUUGUACAUUAUACAGACUGAUCUUUGCACACUAUUGGCCGAUCGUGUGGAGCUUGUAGGGUUGUUGUCAGUGAUGCACAGGCCUUGUAUUUCCUUUCAUGAGUACAUCAGUAUGUGGAUGUAAAACACUCCACACCGCUGCACAUCAGUUGUCCGCGAAAGACUGUGCCUUGCCUACAUACAUCUGUUUAAUGAUAACUGAAUCGCUCAUUUUGCUUCAUGAUGGUGGUAAAUUCAUGUAUAAUUUUUCAUUGGUAUGCCAGACAUAGGUCAUUUAAAAUGUAUUGUGAUGUAUGUUUAAAAAUAAUUAAAAAGUGUCCUCAGUACAA